AAUGGAAUCAUUGUAGUCUACUUCCUCCUAUCACAGCGAAGUACAAUGGUCGUGUGGCCGUCGCCAUGGUGCCAGGUCCUGCUAUAUCGGCUACAUGCUAUCACAGGCUUUGCUAUGUUCCUGCUGGAAAACCGAAAUGACCAAAAAUGAAACGUGUUUGCUUCUUGGAGCGACUGGCGUCGGAAAAACCCUGCUCCUGAAACGUCUACAAAGGCUCAGUUUACAUGGAAUAGGUGAACUGGGGGCACCUCCUUCUACCCUUCCUACAGUAGGAACCAACCUGACAGACCUGAAACUGAAGAAGAAGAAGGUGACCGUGAGAGAGCUGGGAGGCUGCAUGGGCCCUGUAUGGCCCAGUUACUUCAAAGACUGCUCCUCUGUCAUUUUUAUGGUGGACUCUGCCAACAUCGCUCAGGUAUCCUCCUCCUGUAUCCAGCUGCUGUUGGUACUCUCUGCUGAGCCACUGCGCAGUGCCCCUGUGCUUAUUCUCUUCAACAAGAGGGACAUGCCCUGCACUAUGAGUCUUAUAGAGAUAAAGUCACUGUUCAGAAUGGAUGACAUCAUUGCAUCUGCUACUCAGCCAAUCACAAUACUGGAACUCAGUGCCCGCUCAGGACAGGGACUUCAGGAGGUGCUCAGCUGGCUGGAGUCCAUCACAGUCAAGUGAUCUAUCAUAUGUUUGUUCCUUCAAAAUUGAUGCUGCUCUCUUAGGACUUUGAAUAAUGGUGUCAAGCCUGUUGGCAAGCGAUGUCAGUAUCCUCACUGUGCAAAGACUGUUUACACACCAUUUUUAAGUGGACAUAAUGGUGUGUUAAGUGUUGGACUCACUGAAAAAAUGACAAGACAAAUGACAAGAAAACUGUUGUAUCUUUGGUACCAUAUAAAAUAUGGUGACUCCUCAUUAGGUGAAUGGAGAAGGCAACGUAUUAGUGAUAUCAUGGCAGGAUCGGAUAGUUGUAAGGCUGGCCAUUUUAACAUUUGUUAAAUCAACACUACUGUAGGUCUUACUUGCAGUUAUUUACACUGGUCACUUUUACUAAUUAAAUUCUGGAUAGAUAAA